AUGCCGGACACACCUGAGCGCAAGACGGAACAGCGUGGACGCCUGGGAAGCUUCGAUACACAGAUGAGUGCUGGAGAGACAUAUGGAAAUAUACGUCGUUCCUUGAGGCCUCUGCCACAGGCUCCCAACGGUACUCCGCCAAAAUCGAGGCCUUCCACAUCUUCUUCCUGCCAUGGGAGAAGUCAGACAAUGGGUGGUCUCGUUCCGCAGCCCGAGUUUACAUCCCCUCACUCAAGAUCGGUGCGCAGCCAAACACCCGAAUUUACUUCACCUUUCUCGAAACAGCUAAAUAGCCCGUCUUAUGAUCAUAUGAGUCCGGUGAUUCAGGAAAAGGAUGAGCCUCUCGAGCCGCGGACUCAAAGCAUGCGCCGUUCUCACCAUACACGUACGCAGUCUACUCCUCAUGCAACGCCAUCUUUACAGACUUCUUUCACUGCACCGGAGCUUCAGACAUUCCAAAAAUCUAGAACAGGGCAUCUAAGGACGCUUUCCCAAAUAGCACAAAGUGAUAGUGAUGAGUUUGCCAUAGCUACAGCAUCACCCUCUGUUGUCGGCCUGCAGGGACGCCGCCGACUGAAACGAGCGGACUCAGUCCGUGGAGGGCCAAAAGCUGCUACCGCUUCGAAACCAGCCGGUGUCUCUGCCUGGACCGCGACGAACUGGAUGGAUAAACAACGUCGGUUUCUCCAGGCCUACGAGUAUCUAUGUCACAUUGGAGAGGCCAAAGAAUGGAUCGAGGACGUUAUACAGAAACCUAUUCCACCUAUUGUCCAGCUGGAAGAGGCACUACGUGAUGGUGUCACCUUGGCCGAGCUCGUUCAAGCAUUAUACCCACACCGCACCCUUAGAAUAUUUUAUAGCCCAAAACUCCAAUUCCGCCAUUCCGACAAUAUUGCGCUCUUUUUCCGCUUCUUGGACGAAAUCGAACUCCCAGAAGUUUUUAGAUUCGAACUGAUAGACCUUUAUGAACGGAAAAACAUUCCCAAGGUUAUCCACUGCAUCCACGCGCUGUCUUGGCUGUUGUAUAAGAACGGCGUUGUCGACUUUCGCAUUGGCAAUCUUGUUGGUCAACUAGAGUUCGAACACCAUGAAUUGGAACAAACGCAACGCGGCCUUGAUCAGGCAGGAGUGACUAUGCCUAGCUUCUCUGGCAUGGGAGCCAAGUUUGGAGCCGAGCCAGAGCCCGAACCAGAGCCUGAGCCCGAGCCUAUUGAAACAGAAGAGGAGAGGAUAGCUAGGGAGCUGAACGAAAACGAAGACUCCGUAGCUGAUCUGCAAUCACAAGCUCGAGGAGCACUCCUUAGGUUGCGACUGGGAGAUUUGAUGCAAGGACUAUGGGACCAGGAACACUUGUUAAUAGAUCUGCAGUCUAGAAUACGUGGUGACUGGGCCCGGCAGAUAGCCGAUUAUCGGUUGGGUAUGCAGAGAUUUGCUACAGACCUGCAGUCGGCCGCUCGAGGAUUUGUAGUUCGGAUGCGGCAGAAAAACGAUCAAUAUUGGUGUAAAGCCGCAGAAGAGCAUAUCCUACAAUUCCAAUCUUUGGUCCGAGCCAGAAAAGCAAAGGCUGAAGUGCAGCACAUACAUACCUUGGCACGAAGAGAAGAACAUGGUAUCAAAAGUUUCCAGGCAGCAAUCCGUGGUGCUCUUGCAAGGAAACUGGAGAACGAUCGAUACGAGGAGACCAAGGAUGCCGAGGGAGCAGUUCAUUUGCUCCAGUCUGCCAUCAGAGGAAUGCUCUUACGGCGCUCUGUUCAGAUAGACAGGGGAUAUCUGGAGCGAAAGGCAGCCGCUGUCACUAACAUACAAUCAAUUGCUCGUGCAAUUGCUACCCGGAGCAGGAUAGAGGAUCAAAAGGCUUCGCUGGCCAUGUUUAGCCAAAAUUGGUUAAAUAUCCAGUCUGCAGUUAGAGCGAAUGCCUCCCGUUGCAAGAUCAAAAGGGAUAAAGCCAUGUUAGCCAAAACUAUCCCUAGUUGGUUAAACCUCCAAUCAAUGGCUCGGGCAAUCGCUGUUCGUCAUAGAGUAGAAGAUGAGAAGGCCACCUUGGCCCAGUUUACUCCAAAAUGGCUGAACAUCCAGUCCAUCGCUCGUGCAAAUGCGUCGCGCAACAGGAUAAAUGGGGAGAAGGCUCAGUUAGCCAAAUAUAGUCCCAACUGGGUGGACCUUCAGUCAAUUUCACGGGCCAUAGCCGUUAGGAGGAAAAUUGAACAGACGAAUAAAGAAUUCAGCACCCAUGAGGAAUCAGUUAUCAGCCUUCAAGGUUUCAUCCGCGGGCAACUACUUCGUGCUGAUGUCGAAUCCUGCAAGUCUGCCCUUCUCGCCAGUGUUGAUAGCAUUACUUCACUCCAAAGCAGCAUCCGAGGGUUUCUACUACGACGAGCUCAAAACAAAGAUAUGGAAACUUUACUCGAUGAGAACCAUACAAUAAGUCGAUUACAGGGGCUUGCGCGGGCAGCCUUGUUACGAAUAGACGUUGGUGGGCUAUUAGCCGAACUCGAUACCUUCACGGAUGAAAUCACCCAUCUCCAAGCUGUAUCACGGGCUAUGCUAGUCAGGGCGGAUGUGGACUGUCUUUUAGGCGAACUUGAAGCCGAGGAAGAUUUAGUUCUUGAACUCCAAUCCCUUGCCAGGGGAAGUAUGGUUCGUGAGCGCUUUGCGGAAAAGCAACGGUUCUAUCGCGAAAACAUGGAGAAGGUUGUCAAAGUCCAAAGCUUUGUGAGAGGCAAGAUACAAGGACAAGCAUACAAAAGCCUCACAAGCGGCAAGAACCCACCCGUCGGCACGAUAAAGGGUUUUGUGCACUUGUUGAAUGAUAGUGACUUUGACUUUGAUGAAGAGCUGGAAUUCGAGAGACUGAGAAAAACAGUCGUUCAACAAGUACGACAAAAUGAGAUGGCAGAUCAGUAUAUAACCCAAUUAGACAUCAAAAUUGCUCUGCUCGUGAAGAACAAAAUCACCCUGGACGAGGUGAUUAAACAUCAGAAACAUUUCGGUGGACAUGUCGGCGCUGUCUUGUCGAACUCCGAUAUUGCCUCCAAGGAUCCGUUUGAUCUUAAAGCACUCAACAAGACAUCCAGAAGGAAGCUAGAGCAUUAUCAAGAGCUCUUUUUCCUUCUCCAGACUCAACCACAAUAUCUUGCUAGAGUAUUUCGACGACUGCGAGAGCAGGCAGUUUCCGAGCGCGACUGUGAUAGGAUAAAACAUCUUGUCAUGGGCCUGUUUGGCUACUCUCAAAAGAGACGUGAGGAAUACUACUUGAUCAAGCUUAUUGUACGCUCAGUGAAGGAGGAAAUAGACCACUCGGCUUCACUUCAGGACUACAUUCGAUGCAACGCGUUCUGGACAAAGUUGUUGGCUGCGUACAUCAAGACGCCUCGAGAUAGGAAAUUUACAAAGGAUCUGUUCGGCCCUCUAGUCAAGGAGGCUAUAAUUGAUAAUGCUGAUCUCGAUUUGGAAAGUGAUCCUAUGCAAAUUUACCGUUCUGCUAUCAAUAACGAGGAAUUGAGAACAGGAAAACGAAGUCGGCGCAGACCAGACGUCCCCAGAGAAGAGGCAAUCAGAGACCCAGAGACACGAGAAACCUUCAUCCGCCAUCUCCAAGAUCUUCGUGAUAUUGUCGACCAAAUUUUAGCUCUCUUGGAAGAUUCGUUACAUCGUUUGCCAUUUGGAAUACGAUUCAUUGCCCAGCAGAUGUACGAACAGUUGCUAGAUAAGUACGAGGAGGAAGAUAGAGGAUAUAUCUUGCAACUAGUAGGACAAUGGGUAUGGAAAAGUUACCUUCAACCUGCCCUUUUGGACCCGGAAAGGUCAGGUGUUGUUGAACGUGCUUUGACGCAAGAGCAAAAGAAAAAUCUGGGGGAGAUUGGCAAAGUGAUGGGUCAGGCAGCGUCCGGAAGGCUGUUCGGUGCCGAAAACGUCUAUCUGCAACCCCUGAACACUUAUAUUAGUGAAUCAAUACAGAGACUGGGAGGAAUAUGGGGAAACAUUAUCACUGUCCAAGACGCGGAGACUUUCUUUGAUAUUAACGAGUACAACGACUUGUAUGCCAAAACGAAGCCAACCUUAUAUAUCAAAAUGUCCGACAUUUUCUCGAUCCACCAACUUAUUGCAGCCGAGGCUCCGUAUAUAUGUACGAGUCCUGAAGAUAUCCUUCGAGAAGUUAUACGCGAUCUUGGAAGCGUGAAAAGCAACGAGAAUGAACUUAUGAGCGUUAGCUCCUCUGAAAUAAGCCUUACAUUGACUCCCAAGCUGCAUAAUAUGGAGGACCCAGAUGCGGAAAUCAAAGCGCUCCUUGUUGAAACCAAACGGUGUAUCCUAUACAUUAUUCGUGUUCAAUCAGGGGCCAAUCUGCUCGAAAUCCUGGUCACACCACCAAGCAUCGAGGAUGAAGAACGAUGGGCAGAUCUCGUCCGCGACGAGUUGUCGGCUGGUGACCGAAAACGCGGUGCCUACUCUGACACAAACACGUUGAUUGAUAUUGGUGCUAUGUCCUAUACCGAGCUGAAACGGACCGCUCUCCAGCAUAUUGUUGAGCUUGAGAGGGCUGGAAGGAUAAGUCGACAUAACCAGUACCAGGAUCUACUGAACGAAAUCGCUGUCGAUAUUAGAACAAAACAUCGACGAAGAAUCCAGCGACAACGAGAACUUGAGAAUGUCCGCUUAACGCUGGACCGACUGAACGACCAAUCCAGCUACCUUGAGGGGCAAUUAAAGACAUACAACGAUUACAUUGAACAAGCCAUGAUCACUCUGCAAAACAAGAAAGGAAAGAAGCGAUUCUUAAUGCCUUUUACAAAACAAUGGGAUCAUGAGCGAGAGCUUCAACGUUCAGGUCGUGUAUUCAAGUUUGGCUCUUACAAAUACUCUGCCCGAAACCUUGCAGACAAGGGAGUUCUCGUCCACUGGAAAGGCUACACGGAACGUCAAUGGGACCGUGUCGAUCUCACGAUUUCAAGCAACGCAGUGGGUAUCUUCACGAUUGACGGCAGCAGCGGCAACAUGAUGGUCCCCGGAGCAAAUGCACAGAUUCCCCUGGACGAUCUGCUGCAGGCCCAGUUCAACAACACACAGUUCAUGGACCUGUUUGAGGAUCAGCUGCGUGUUAACGUCAAUUUGUUCCUGCAUUUAAUUAUGAGGAAAUUUUAUAACGAAUAA